UAGAGAUCCAGAGGCCACGCACGGUAAAACCAAGGGGUGUUCACCGAAGUGUGGCCCUAGGGAGCACAUCGGACUCCCUCAGCGGCCGGGCUGGGCCCGAUCCUACCCGCAGUGGGUCCCAUUCCAGCGACCUGACAUCUUAAAAUGCCCUCGGUACGUCCUCAGAGAAGAGGAAUCACAUCCUGGAGGAGCAAUCAAGGCUGCCUUCUCAGAGGAGGCGGCCUCUGGGGGAACAGAAAAGAAGGCGGGUGUGUUGGAAUCGGCAGUGGGCUCUGAGAGGCCGGGGGCUUCUUCACCUCGGUAGCCCCAGCGCCCUGCAAACGCCCGUGGGAACGGGCGCUCAACACUGACUCGCUCCGUGAACAAAUGACAGCCCGGGAACCCAGCCAGGCUCUCUGCGCACGUCCCUCCACCCCGCCCGCGGCGACGCACGCGCAUGCGCACUCCAGGCCCUUCGCACCAGGCCUCCGCGGCGACGCCCCGCCCCCCUUGCGGUCAGUACGCAGGCGCGGGGAGAGUGCGCGGGCGGAUGACGUCACUCCGCGCCGACUCCGCCUCUGGAGGCGUCGCUCGCCGACCGCGUCGUCAUGGAGCUGAGGACCGAUGAGAAGCGCUGGCUUGGCCUGGCGCGAGCGUGCUGGAGCGGCCGCACCUCUGCGGGACUCCCUUCUGCCGCGUUAACCCCCCCCACCCUCUGUUGCCAUAGGUGUUUCCAAACAGGACAUUCGCGAACAGAUCUGGGACUACAUGGAAUCACGAAACUUAGCGGAUUUUCCCCGGCCUGUUCAUCACAGGAUUCCCAACUUCAAGGGCUCUUAUCUGGCUUGCCAAAACAUCAGAGACCUAGAAGUUUUUGCCAGAACACGGGAAGUUAAAGUGGACCCCGACAAACCGCUGGAAGGCAUCCGGCUGCUGGCGCUGCAGAGCAAAAAAACAUUGUUGGUGCCAACACCACGGCUGAGAACGGGGUUAUUUAAUAAGAUCACGCCGCCGCCCGGCGCAACGAAGGACGUCUUGAGAAAAUGCGCCACCUCUCAGGGCGUGCGCAACUACAGCACCCCCGUGGGCUUGGAUUCCAGGGUCCUUGUGGACUUGGUGGUGGUGGGGUCCGUUGCCGUUUCUGAAAAAGGUUGGAGAAUUGGGAAGGGAGAAGGUUAUGCUGAUCUGGAAUAUGCCAUGAUGGUGUCGAUGGGAGCGGUCGGCCCGGAGACACCAGUGGUCACCAUCGUCCACGACUGCCAGGUCAUCGACAUACCUGAAGCGCUGCUCGAGGACCACGACCUCACCGUGGACUACAUUCUCACUCCGACGAGAGUCAUUGCCACAGGGUGUGAGCGCCCAAAGCCAACGGGAAUCUUAUGGUCCAAGAUCAGCUGGGAGGUGAUGGGGAAAAUCCCAGUACUCCAAAGCCUUCGUCGCCGAGAGAAGCAGGCUGGGAAGGACGUCACCCUCCGGGACGAGCCCCGGCGCCUCCUGGGAGCCAGCAGCCAGCAGCCAGCUCACCUGAGCGCCGUCCGGGGGCCCCGGGACCCACCCCUGCCAGAACCCUGCCCUGCGCAGGGGGAGGACGGGCCCGCUGGCACCGUUUGCGUCGGGAACCUUCCCCGGGACGCCCGAGUGAGCGAGCUGAAGAGAGCCCUCCGAGAACUCGGAGCGGUCCCCCAGAGGCUCACUUGGCAGGGGCCCCGGGGCAGGGCCCUCCUGCAUUACCAGGCCCCGGCCUCCGCCCAGCAGGCCGUCUCCCGCCUGCAGGGCUUGCGCUUGGGGGCGGCCACCGUGACGGUGGCACUGGCCAGGCGGCAGAGGGCCAGCGACCCGCCGGGCGGCCGCGUGCAGGAGCCACGGCCUGACUGUCGCCCGGCCGUCGCCGACCUGUGAUGGGGCGCUGCUCCGGUCCCCGUGGAACUUGAGGGGCGUGGCAGCAGGACUCGGCAGAGCGUUGCUGCGUGAGCGGCUUUGGGCCCAGGCCUCUCCAGGAUGGCCCGGCCUUGUGUCACCGCCCAGGACCUCCUGACGAGUAGAGAGUCAGCCAGUAGCUCACGGCCGACAUGUCCCAGCCCUGCUGUGUCUGCGUCCCGUAACCUGCCGGGUGUUGCCACCACACCGGCUUCUCUGGUUAUUCAGAGGCCGCAGGGGACCGAGUCGGAGUAAACGGUGGCAGCCAGGGGUUUGUGGUUGGGGGGGAGGGGGAGUAAGGGGCGAGGCCCUGGCAGGGGUCAGGGGCAGGUGCACGCCCUGCUGUCCUGGGAUCCUGGGUCUGGAGCCACCGCAGGGGGAGAGCUGUGUUCAAGUCGCAGAAGCCAACAAGCGCGGUCUCCUGGGUGCGGCUGUUUGUCGCAACUUGGCGCUGGCGUCCGCGACGGAGAGCCCGUGUGACUGGGGGGCGGCACGCACCUCACUGCUCUGCCCUCACCCCUCCGUCCGGGAGAAGACCCUCCACUCCACAUGGUCUUGUAGGAGGUGCCCGCCAUGGAGAAUGAGCUGCCCCAGCCUGUGUCACAGACAGUGACAGACGCUCAUGCCGAUUUGCCUAAUGCCCCACGUUUCUUGGUUUUUUCCCUCCACUUUUCCUGAAAAGCAAACUGGAUUUUGGCUGGACUGUGCUUUCUAAACAGAAGCACUUUUGCAAUGGAUCCUGGGCAAAAAGUCAAAGAAAGCAUUUACGUGGAGAUUUUUUUUUUUUAAUGUAUACACGUGAGAAAUUUUAGUUUUUUCACCAGCAGGUCGUACUGGGCACGUUGCAAGCACAUUGUUACACCUCAGGAGGGCCUGGCUUGCGUGUGCUUUCAAGAAAACCUUGAGGCACUCGGUCUCCCUCGCCAAAGCGCUUUCUCAUUGGCUUUACAACGAAAAUACCGUGGAGACGUCGGAAAAGCCUGCCCUGAGAUUGCUCACUAAAUGUAGGCUUCUUUCCCAAGGCGCCAGGAAUCAAACGAAGGGCGGAAAGAUCUUCUGGGCUCUCUCUUCCCACCUGUACCGCCCACCCCACCCUUGUGGCUGCCUUUUGCUUCGUCACCCAGCGCCCGGCUCAGAUGUUAGAGGCUGAACCUGACCCCCUCACCCAGAGCAGCAGUCUGGUCGUCUGACUCCUCACGGUUUUUUGUUUUGCUUUUCUGCCUUGUUUCUCAUGUCUUUUUUCCAUAAAUUUUCCCUGUAUUUGACAUA